GAAACGCCCAGGUUUCCGCGCGAAAAGACGGCCCAGGCGCGCCAAUUGCUUUUCUUGCGUCCAUUCCACAACACGACUCAUGCACAGGCUGAGUUGCACUGUCGCUCUCACUCCCCUUUUAGAUUCUUUUAAAGCUACUUUAACUCGCGCUCUUAAACGUUGAUUUUACUACCAGCCGAGCGUCAUGCCAGCCAGCACUUCCCUGUCGUUGCCAGAGGAUGUCAGGAAAAGGUUGCUGGUGCUGCACGAAGAUGGAUCUUCAGACGAGGAUCACGUGAAAGAGAAGCUCAAGCUGGUCCAGGACUUUCUCCAUGCCGACACUCGGGAUGCCCUCGGCAUCCUCGAGGAAAAGAUGAGAAAAACAGAAAUCUCCAUGGAGGACUACGUCUCCAAAGUGAAGUCCUUGCUGGGAAAGGCGCUCAAUUUGGAGAACGGUGAGGAGCCCAGCGGCAAAACAAACGGCCUCAGUAACGGCUCCCACAAAGGCGAGGAUGCCGCCAUGGAUGUUGAGGAGGAAGACGAGGCCCUCAAAUCGCCCAGCACUCGUGGGAAAGGACGCAAGAGCAAAGCUGACACCAAAAAGUCUCCGGCCACUUCCAGGGUGACGAGAAGCGGCGGCAAACAACCAAGCAUCAUGUCUAUGUUCUCGAAAGUACAAAAGCGCAAAUCCGAAGACCUGAGUGGCGAAGCCACAAAUGGAGAAACUGAAGUGAAACAGGAAGAUGGUGCUGAAGAGUCCCAGGAGAAGCGUCUUAAAGUGGAGUCUGAUGAGAAGGCUACUCAUGAAGAGACCAAGACAGUUUCUGCUGCAAAGACGCCACCUCCCAAAUGUCCGGAUUGCAGGCAAUAUUUGGACGACUCCGACCUCAAGUUCUUUCAAGGGGAUCCAGACACUGCACUGGACGAGCCUGAAAUGCUGACUGACGAACGGCUGUCCUUGUUCGACUCCAACGAGGACGGCUUUGAGAGCUACGAGGAUCUGCCGCAGCACCGAAUCACAAACUUCAGUAUCUACGACAAGCAUGGUCAUCUUUGUCCCUUUGACGCCGGACUGAUUGAGAGGAACGUGGAGCUUUACUUCAGUUGCGUUGUCAAACCAAUCUAUGAUGACAACCCCUGCUUGGAUGGUGGCGUUCCCGCAAAGAAACUUGGACCCAUUAACGCCUGGUGGAUUACUGGUUUUGACGGCGGAGAAAAAGCUCUCAUCGGGUUCACCACAGCAUUUGCCGACUACAUCCUGAUGAAUUCCAGCGAGGAGUACUCUGCCAUUUUCGCGCUGAUGCAGGAGAAAAUCUACAUGAGCAAAAUCGUGGUGGAGUUCCUCCAGAAGAAUCAGGAUGCCAGUUACGAGGAUCUCCUCAACAGGAUUGAGACCACGGUGCCACCGCCGGGCCUCAACUUCAACUGCUUCACCGAGGACACUCUGUUGCGCCACGCCCAGUUUGUGGUGGAGCAAGUGGAGAGCUACGACGAGGCGGGCGACUCGGACGAGCAGCCAAUCAUCGUCACGCCUUGCAUGCGUGACCUCAUCAAGCUGGCCGGCGUGACGCUGGGCAAGAGCAUGCUGCUGUCCUGGCGAGCUGCCAGACGGCAAGCCAUCCGUCACCCCACCAAGAUCGAGAAGGACAGCAAGGGUCCCACCAAAGCCACCACCACGAAGUUGGUCUACCUGAUUUUCGACACCUUCUUCUCGGAGCAGCUCGAGCAGGACGACAAGGAGAGCGCCGCCAAACGGCAGCGCUGCGGCGUCUGCGAGGUUUGCCAAUCUCCCGACUGUGGCAAGUGUGCCGCCUGCAAGGACAUGAUCAAAUUUGGAGGAAGCGGCAAAAACAAGCAGGCGUGUAAGCAAAGAAGAUGCCCAAACCUGGCCGUGAAAGAGGCUGAGGAUGAUGAGAACAUAGAGGAGGAAGAUGUCCUUGUGAAGACCAAGAAAGCGUCUCGGGUGAAGAGGAAGAAGCAGACUCAGUGCAAGCUGACUUGGGUCGGCGAGCCCGUUCAGUGCGAGGGCAAAAAGCAGUACUACAAAAAGGUCUGCGUGAACGAUGAAGAGCUGGAGGUGGGCGACUGCGUCUCCGUUUCCUCAGAGGAUCCGGCCACUCCUUUGUAUCUGGCGAGGAUCACGGCCAUGUGGGAGGACAACAACGGCAAGAUGUUUCACGCCCAUUGGUUUCUCCGCGGCACACAAACCGUGCUCGGCGAGUCGUCCGACCCCCUGGAGCUGCUCAUCGUGGAUGAGUGCGAGGACAUGUCGCUCAACUACAUCCAAGGCAAAGUCAAUGUCUCCUACAAGGCGCCCUCCAACAACUGGUUCAUGGAAGGUGGGAUGGAUACAGACGUCAAGGUGAUUGAAGACGACGGGAAAAGUUUCUUCUAUCAGUUCUGGUACGACACGGAUUUUGCUCGCUUUGAGACGCCGCCCAAGACCGCGCCGUCAGAAGACUGCAAAUUCAAGUUCUGCAGCAGCUGCGUGAGGACGAAAGAGCGCGAGGAGCGGGAAAAGCCUCGUGUCUUUGAGCCGCUGGCUGAAGAGCACGUUUCAAAGGCGCUCUACGCGUUGGCCUGCUUCAAAGGCGAGCAUUUCCGGGUGGGAGAUGGCGUCUACAUGCCUCCCGAGGCUUUUAACUUCAGUGUGAAAGCAGCCAGCCCGGUGAAGCGCUCCCACAGGAAAGAGGAUGUGGACGAGGACUUGUAUCCAGAAUACUACAGGAAGUCCUCCGAUUACAUCAAGGGCUCCAACCAGGACGCCCCGGACCCGUUCCGAAUCGGCCGCAUCAAGGAGAUCUUCUGCCACCAGCGUAGCAACGGCAAGGCUGACUUGGCCGAGGUCAAAUUGCGACUUUACAAGUUCUACAGACCCGAGAACACCCACAAAGGAGUGAAAGCCAGCUACCACACAGAUGUCAAUCAACUGUACUGGAGCGACGAGGAGGUCACGGUCAACAUGGCCGACGUGCUGGGACGCUGCCACGUAGAAUAUGGCGAGGACCUCACUGAGUCGGUCCAUGAAUAUUCCAACGGAGGACCCGACCGCUUCUACUUCCUGGAGGCUUAUAAUGCCAAAACUAAAAGUUUUGAGGACCCUCCAAACCACGCUCGCUCCGCUGCACACAAAGGCAAAGGAAAGGGCAAAGGGAAAGGUAAAGGCAAAGGGAAGUCCUCCGCCGCUCAGGAAAAAGCCGAGCAGCCCAUUGAAUCGCAGACUCCCAAGGUGCACAAAUACCGCACUCUGGAUGUGUUCUCGGGCUGCGGCGGUCUCUCUGAAGGCUUCCACCAGGCUGGCAUUUCCCAGACGGAAUGGGCCAUCGAGAUGUGGGAGCCAGCGGCGCAGGCCUUCCGGCUCAACAACCCGGGCACCACAGUGUUCACCGAGGACUGCAACGUGUUGCUCAAGCUGGUCAUGUCGGGCGAGAAGACAAACUCCCUGGGCCAGAAGCUACCGCAGAAGGGCGAUGUUGAGAUGCUGUGCGGCGGGCCCCCCUGCCAAGGUUUCAGCGGCAUGAAUCGCUUCAACUCGCGCACGUACUCCAAGUUCAAGAACUCGCUCGUGGUCUCCUACCUCAGUUACUGCGAUUACUACAGACCAAAGUUCUUUCUGCUCGAGAAUGUGAGGAACUUUGUGUCGUUCAAAAGCUCCAUGGUGCUCAAGUUGACUCUGCGCUGUCUCGUCCGAAUGGGUUACCAAUGCACAUUUGGAGUCCUGCAGGCGGGUCAGUACGGCGUGGCCCAGACCCGCCGCAGAGCCAUCAUCCUGGCUGCCGCUCCCGGAGAAAAACUCCCUCUCUAUCCCGAGCCCCUGCACGUGUUCGCUCCCAGAGCAGUCUCCCUCAGCGUCGUGGUGGACGAGAAGAAAUAUGUCAGCAACGUCACGCGUGGCAACGGCGGAAUCUACCGAACCAUCACAGUGCGAGACACGAUGUCUGACCUGCCCGAGAUUCGCAACGGCGCCGCCGCCUUGGAGAUUUCCUACACCGGCGAGCCUCAGUCGUGGUUCCAGAGGCAGACUCGCGGCACGCAGUACCAGCCCAUCCUCAGGGAUCACGUCUGCAAGGACAUGAGUGCUCUGGUCGAGGGCCGCAUGCGCCACAUCCCAUUGGCACCUGGUUCAGACUGGAGAGACCUUCCCAACAUCGAGGUGCGCCUGAAGGACGGCACCAUGACCAAGAAGUUGCGCUACACACACCCGGACAAGAAGAAUGGGCGCAGCGGCACAGGAGCACUCCGAGGCGUUUGUACCUGUGCCGGAGGAAAGCCUUGUGAUCCAGCUGACCGGCAGUUCAACACGCUGAUUCCGUGGUGUCUGCCUCACACGGGAAACCGUCACAAUCACUGGGCAGGACUUUAUGGAAGGCUGGAGUGGGACGGGUUCUUCAGCACCACUGUCACCAACCCUGAGCCCAUGGGAAAACAGGGUCGCGUUCUGCAUCCCGAACAGCACCGAGUGGUCAGCGUGAGGGAGUGCGCGCGCUCUCAAGGUUUCCCCGAUACGUACCGAUUCUUCGGGAACAUCCUGGACAAACACAGACAAGUGGGCAACGCUGUGCCUCCGCCCCUCUCCAGAGCCAUCGGGCUGGAGAUUAAGAAGUGUGUUAUUGCUAGGAUGAAGGAAGAACAGACAACAGAGAAUGUCAAACAAGAGACCAUGGAUGUAUCGGACUAGUUCGUGUCUUGUCCUCCUGCCAGCAAAAGGUUUUCCAUAGUGGAUAUGUUUGAAUUCUGGGCUGGCACAAGUUUACUGACCAAAUUUCUUUUUAUGUGUGGUUUUAAACGCCUGUUAACAUGAUGCGACAAAUUGUUUGUAGUUUUUCUAUGUAAUAUUUCAAAUAAAGCUCUUAUCGCAUGGUU